CUGCAAAGAAACAAUGGCGACAGAAUCUCCACGCCGUCCUAGUCGAUGUACUGGAGGAGUGGUGGUUCGCCCACAAGCUGUCACGGAGCAGUCGUAUAUGGAAAGCGUUGUUACGUUUCUUCAAGAUGUUGUGCCACAGGCCUACAGUGGUACCCCACCAACAGAAGAAAAGGAGAAGAUCAUUUGGGUCAGAUUUGAAAACGCAGAUUUAAAUGAUACGUCCAGGAAUAUGGAGUUUCAUGAAAUACAUAGCACUGGGAAUGAACCACCGUUACUGCUAAUGAUCGGAUACAGUGAUGGAAUGCAAGUCUGGAGCAUACCUAUCAGUGGUGAAGCUCAGGAACUCUUUUCGGUCCGCCAUGGUCCAGUUCGAGCUGCACGGAUUUUACCAGCUCCACAAAUCAGUGCUCAGAAAUGUGAUAAUUUUUCUGAGAAGCGACCUCUUCUUGGUGUGUGCAAAAGCAUUGGAUCUUCUGGCACAAGCCCACCUUACUGCUGUGUGGACCUGUAUUCUCUGCGAACAGGAGAGAUGGUCAAGUCCAUACAGUUCAAAACUCCUAUUUAUGAUCUGCACUGCAAUAAAAGGAUACUUGUUGUAGUGCUGCAAGAGAAAAUUGCUGCCUUUGACAGCUGUACUUUCACCAAAAAAUUCUUCGUCACAAGCUGCUAUCCUUGUCCAGGGCCAAACAUGAAUCCUAUUGCUCUUGGAAGCCGUUGGCUGGCUUAUGCAGAAAACAAGCUGAUCCGAUGCCAUCAAUCCCGUGGUGGAGCCUGUGGAGACAACAUUCAGUCUUACACCGCCACAGUCAUUAGUGCUGCCAAAACGAUAAAGACUGGACUUACAAUGGUUGGGAAAGUAGUUACGCAGCUGACAGGGACGCUGCCUUCAGGGGCAACCGAAGAAGAAAUUCUAGCUCACAGCAACGUUCGUCGAAGUCCUCUGGUGCCUGGAAUCGUCACUAUCAUUGAUACUGAGACAGUUGCAGAAGGGCAGGUGCUUGUCAGUGAGGACUCUGAUAGCGACGGUAUUGUGGCCCACUUCCCUGCACACGAAAAGCCCAUUUGCUGCAUGGCUUUUAACCCCAGUGGGAUGUUGCUGGUCACUACUGACAUAUUAGGCCAUGAUUUCCAUGUUUUUCAAAUACUGACACAUCCUUGGUCAUCAUCACAAAGUGCUGUCCAUCAUUUGUAUACACUUCACAGGGGAGAGACUGAAGCCAAAGUACAGGACAUCUCCUUCAGCCACGACUGUCGCUGGGUUGUGGUCAGCACGCUUCGUGGCACUUCCCAUGUUUUUCCCAUCAAUCCCUACGGCGGCCAGCCCUGUGUCCGAACACACAUGUCGCCCCGGGUGGUAAAUCGCAUGAGCCGAUUCCAGAAGAGCGCAGGGUUGGAAGAGAUCGAGCAAGAGCUGACAUCUAAGCAAGGUGGACGCUGUAGCCCUGUUCCAGGCCUGUCAAGCAGCCCGUCUGGCUCACCGCUCCAUGUUCUCUGCGUAGCUGUUCUGGAGCCGUGCUCCUCUGCCUGGAGCCACUGGAAGGCACCCAAAACGUGGUCUGUAGUUUCCUCCUCUUUGGAGACGUUUGUAGAUCUGCCAUUUUACUCUCUCUUGUACAGCAGGAUGGAAACAGGCUGGGGAGUGCUGGAAGGUAGUCUUUCAGUUCACCUGGCUGAAGGUGGGCAGGAUAUUGAAUCGUAUUAUAAUGCCUUUUAUAAAAAGCCAUUUAUUGUCAACUUGGGGAAAAAGCCCCUGAAGUUCGCACUGAUUGUAACAGAAAUAAACCUGGCGAUGGUGUCCCGGAGAGCACCUUUGCACUGGGACAAGUUGCUGAGCGACAGACUCAGAGCAGACUGUG